CGUUUCUCGAGCUUUCGACCUUCUCAACAAAGCCAUCUAUCUCCCUCUUUAUAUUGGUCGCUUUCUUUCAGGUUCUUGCCAUGUCUUUGUGGCCACAGUGUGACCCUGCCAAAGCAGUGGCAAAGGCAGCCUGCAAAUCCAUCCACUCUCUAGGGGUUUCCUCUUGAUGAUUCACUCCGCCUCUUCAUGCUGUUCUUUAUUAAUGCGCAAGGCCACUCACACCCAUUUAAUUAUUCGAGCAUCCAUGUGUGGUGAAAUCGUUCUUCAUUCUCUUACUCAGCCACUCUUUAAUCCUCAAAGAACAAGACUAUUGUGCUACAUAUCUUGAAGCCCUUGCUCUCCCACGUUGCCUUUCCGAACCAAAUCCUUCAAUAAUCACACGUAAUGUUAUUUACGACGUUAUACCUUCUAUUUCUUGGCACCAUGGGGUCCGCCUCCGCUAUUCCUGCGACGUCAUUUUCACCUCUCUCCUCUCGACAAGCUGGCAACUCCGCAGCUAACAUGCUCCUCGUCAUCGCACCAGAGUCAGGGUCCUGCGCUGGUGCUUUGGCUGCAAACGAGUGUGCUACAAACACCGACGCAGCCCCUUUUCUCAUCAAAGCAAUGAUGGAUUAUGGUAUCACUUCGCCUCCCGAAAUCGCAGCGGUUUUAUCCUUGAUCGCCUAUGAGACAGGAGACUUCAAAUACAACAUAAAUCACUAUCCAGCGCCGGGGAGACCGGGACAGGGGACUCGGAACAUGCAGAUGCCCAACUACAACUUGAUGUAUGCUCGGUCAAUUCCCGCGCUUGCCUCAAAACUGAGCGCAAUCACGACGGCGACUUCUACGAGUAGUUUAAGCGACGAUCAACUGAAUGCCAUAAGGGCGUUGGUACUGCCGGACAACUACAGCUGGGCAAGCGCCGUAUGGUUUCUCACGUCUCAGUGCGCCAGUACGAGACCUGCUCUUCAGGCAGGCGGUCAAGCUGGAUAUGCUGCCUAUCUGUCAUGUGUUGGGACCGGCGCCACGGCGGACAGGCUUGCCUAUUGGACUCGAGCCAACACCGCGUUAGGAAUAUCGUAGAUGGGGCCGGAUCGGGGGCCCUUGCUGGCGAAGGCCUAGGUCUGUAAGUAGAUUAAUAAAUGGCAGAUAUCAACACUCAACCUUUGGUUGCUUGCGAUUUCUUGUGUUUCUCUUUUAUGUGUACCUCUCGGCAUUUGCCUUGGAUCCUUGUUAAAUCGUGAGAGUCUUUAUUCUUUCUAUGCAGCGCACUUUAUUCUUUCGAUGGGUGGCC